CGUCAUCCUGCUGCGCUCCAAAGCUCUGUUUUCUCGCGUCCUCUCACCGCUAUCCUCUCGCGGCAUGUCUACCUCGAAUGGAUCGAGUGCGGUGUUCCCCAAGAACCCCGCGGAGUGGCGGAAGGCUCUCGAAGAAUUGCCAUCUACGCCCGAGAAAAUCCCCGCAUUCUUCUUCGGCCAUGGUUCUCCCGCGCUCAUCCAUUCCGGACUCAUCUCCCGGAUGGGGGACGUUGGGAAAGACAUGGGUCCGAACGGCCCUCUGGCGACCUUCCUGAAGGACUUUGGUCCGGCCCUCCUAACUAAAUACAAGCCCAAGGGCAUCGUGGUAUUUAGCGCCCAUUGGGAAACCCAUGGAGAGCGUCUCGUGACCGACUACGGUGAUGAGAACCCCCUAUUGAUGGACUACUUUGGAUUCCCUCCUGCGCUCUAUGAAAUUAAGUUUAAGUCGCGCGGUGACUCGGCCCUUUCCCAGCGCGUCGUUCAGCUGUACAAGGAUGCUGGGUAUAAGGCCAGAACCACCACAAAGAACGAGGCUAGAGGCGACGACGGGAGAGGGUUCGAAGGCCCCGGCCUCGACCACGGCGUCUUCGUCCCAUUCCGACUGAUGUUCGGGGAAGAGUUCACGGACAUUCCCAUCGUCGAAGUGUCGAUGGACAGCAGUUUGGACCCCGAAAAGAACUGGGCGUUGGGCGAAGUCGUCGCGCCGCUGAGGCGCGAGGGCAUCCUUGUACUCUCCGGAGGUUUGCUCGUACACAACCUCCGCGACUUCUCGUCAUUCUCGGAGUCUACGGCCAACAGUCUCGUGAAGUCAUUCAAUCAGGCUAUACUGGACGCGCUGACAAUAACAGACCCUGUCGCGCGGAAACAGGCGAUGCUGAAGUUGGUGAAGCACGAAGGCUUCCGGGCUGCGCACCCACGAGCUGACCACUUCGUACCCUUGUAUGUGGCUGCCGGUGCGGGUGGGACUAACACCGACGCCAAGCUGGUGUCUGCUGUCUACGGCGCAGCGACGGCGGCGUUUGAUCUGUAACUUGUCAUCAAUGCAAUGGUGUACGAUAUGUGGAC